AUGCUCAUGAGCGAGGUGUCUCAAUCCUCGCUGCCGCCUCUAGGCCCCCAGCGAGACCCAGGUUCGAUCAGGACCGCUUUGCCUUCGCGGCCCAUGUCGUCCAAGAAUCGCGACUCAGCGACAAGCAAAGCCUCUUCUGACCAGGACAACCACGCACGCCAAAGGCCCGAUGAUGGCGUUUCACCGAGAUCAACAGCAAGCCCAGUCGAUGAUGAUGGUGAUGAUGGUGAUGAUGAUGAUGAUGAUGAUAAUGAUGCAAAGUCCUCAAGAGGGCCAAGCCCUGGCUCAACUGCUGGAGAUGUUGCCGUCAAGCCAAAAUCUGGUGCAAGCUCCUCUGCUCAAGGCGGACAGGUUUGCAGCAACUGCGGCACAACUCGCACACCCUUGUGGAGGAGAUCACCUCAGGGGGCGACAAUCUGCAAUGCAUGUGGCUUAUAUCAAAAGGCUAGGAAUACAGCCAGACCCACGAGCCUGAAGAAACCACCAAACGUGGUCUCUACAGGACCUUCACGAUCCCCGGCGCCACCUAAAUCCGUCGCUUGCGCCUCCAAUCCUGGAACGAGUGCCGACUCUGCCAACUUCGUCUCUGCCGAACAGAUGCCAACCGGCACCUGCCCCGGAGGUGGACGCUGUAAUGGAACUGGUGGAGCGGAAGGCUGUAAUGGCUGUCCGGCUUUCAACAACCGUGUGUCCAAAACGGCCCUACUUGGCAUGAUGCAAAGGCAAAAGGCGGGUUGCGGUGGCCGGGCUGAGAGCGGCAAGGCGGAACCAGUCCCGAUUGACGUCAAUGCCCUUCAAGCGAGUCAAGGCCAAGAUUCUUCCAUGGUCAUUGCUUGCCAAAACUGUGGCACGACCAUUACCCCUUUAUGGAGGAGAGACGAGAGUGGACAUACCAUCUGCAAUGCUUGCGGGCUUUACUACAAACUACACGGGGUGCAUAGACCUGUUACCAUGAAAAAGCCGACAAUCAAGCGACGCAAGCGCGUGAUUCCGGCGACCCAAGACGAAGAGAUGGACGACGUCGGCGGUUCGCCCGAAAUGCAGACGGCACGAGAUCUGGCAGAGAGGGGAACAGAAAACGCAGAUGGAUCAAUCAACCUCGGAGUUCGUCGUCGACCAGAUCUUUACCCCUCAUGUGUCGAACCCGGGCCUCCAAAUAUUCACGCGACCGACCGGACUUGUCCAUUACCACCAUCAGCAUCAGGCCUCGCGCCAUUUCUCCCAAGCAGCGGAUAUCCCAAGGUUUCCGGAUCCGCCGGCAAAAAUUAUGGCCUGCCGCCCAUGACCUCCAUGACUGCCGUUUCCGAAAGACUGUCCUCAAUGUCUCCUGCGUCAUUUCUCCCACCGCACAGAAAACGCUCAUUCUCGGCUACAGAUAGCGAUGCCGGCAGCGGAAUGAAUGAAGGCACGAAACGGAUAUCGUCCAUCAAAUCCAUUCUCAACCCGUCAUGCAGAGAUGGCGCGAAUGGCGCUGGAUGUUCCAAUAUGGAUGUGUACACUUUACCCCCCCUUCGAUCUGCCGGGGCCUCAUCAAGAUCACAGGUAAAGCCUGUAUCCCCGGGAGCAGGCAUGGCAAGACAAGGCCAAGAUGGAGUGACGCGGAGUGAAAGUGACCGCCUCAGGUCAGAGCGACGGUUGACGUUGCAAAGAGAGGCGGAGCGGAUGAGAGAGGAGCUGGCUGCGAAGGAAAGGGAGUUGCUGGAGUUGGGCAACAGCUAA